AUGUCAGAGGAAAACAGCAGAGAAAUCUGCAAGUACCUUUUCAAAGUUCAGUUUCCGAUUCAAGCUUUGAAUACAGUUAGGAAGUCCACUGCUGAAACUAUAGAUUUCAAUCUCGCAGAGCAUCAUUUGAUUGAAUCAGUACCAAACCUGCAAGUGAUCAAGCUCAUGCAGUCUUUCAAAUCAAAGGAGUAUAAGUCUGCCAAGCCUAUCGGUCGUCCAUUUGGUGGUGAUCGCCCAAGAGGACCUCGCUUUGAAGGAGGUGACCGUCCCAGAUAUGGGGACCGUGCAUGUCCACGUGGUGGUGAAGGCGAAAAGGGUGGAGCUCCAGCUGAUUACCAGCCAUCUUUCCAACUAGCUCAUGUUGUGCAUCUACCGUAUCAUGAAUUGGUAGUGGUGGCAGGCCUGGUUUUGGCCGUGGUGCUGGAGUUACGGCACAGCUGCACCAUGGGUUCAGGUCUCCCUUGA